ACAAAAUCAACCCAUCGAGUGAAAAACUGCCAACCUUCACAGACUUUUGAGGAUCUGUUGGAACUGCUGAGCACAGCCACAUUUGAGAGGACAAAACUCAAACCUGGAUUUCUUUCAACUGUUUUUUGUUGUUUUGUCUCGUGGACUGUUGACCACUUUGCAACAUUUUGGAGGAUAAAAACCAGCUUGGAGAUUUUUCUGCUCUUGGUUUUGAGCUCAUAACAACAGAGACAAUGAAUCCUAAAGGAGUUUGUCCUGAAGAAGAAGCCUUGCACUUCAUUGCUUCUGAGAAGGACAAAGACAUAUUUCAGAAGAAAUUCAUCAGUGAAGACAAAGGUCAUGGAGUUAUUGCCACCAGAAACAUUGAGCCAGGAGAAUUCUUGCUGGAGUAUGUUGGAAGACAUAUCUCUGGCUCUGAAGGAGAGGACCUGGUUAAAGAGUAUUCAGCUGAAGAUGCAGCAUUUUUGCAUUUCUAUAACUUCCAAGGACAAAACUUCUGCAUUGAUGGCAGUAAAGAUACAGCAAGACUUGGAAGAUUCAUAAAUGAUGAUCACAUCAAGCCAAACAGCAAAAUUAAAAUAAUAUUGGAUGAGCAACAAAAACCACAUCUGUGUGUAUUUGCAAAGACAGAAAUUCUUGCAGGAGAAGAAAUCGUCUACAACUAUGAAAACCCCAACUGUCAAUGGCGACAGUUCACAAGAAACAAAAUGCAGAAGAGGUUCACCACUCAGGAGGCAUUGGAACUGAUUCUGAGCAGUGCCAACCCUUGUGAUUCAGAUGGAGAAGACAUAGACCUUCAACCGGAUUCGGACUCUGAGCCGUCUUCAGAUGAGGAGACUCUCCCUCUACCAAAAAAGAGAGCUCGUUUGUCAGAGACCGCAAAAGAUGGCACAGUGUGGCGGGAAGAACAAGUGGGGACACGUCUCCAUUUCACUCCAAUAGAACCGUACGCCACAGAUGGAGAGCCAAGCGCUGAGGCCAGACAAAGUAUCCGGAGUCGCCUUCAGAGCUUCCUCUGUUUUAUCACUCUUGACAUGCUUCGUAGUAUUCAAGAAUGGACUACUCAACAUGCACGUCACACGGAGCAGCAGGAUUGGUUCAUGGAUCUCCCAGAACUAAUGGCAUUUAUUUCAGUCAUUAUCUUGCGGGGGGUGACCAAGGUUCCAUCACUGUGUGACAGCUGGUCAGCAAACCUGGCAAACCCAAGGAUCAUUGCAACUAUGGCCCGAAACCGCUUCCAAGACAUCAUGCGACACCUACGCUUUGAUGACCUGUUUACACGCAGUGAGCGAGCGGGGACCGAUAAGUUUGCUGCAAUCUCCGAUGUUUGGGGAUCGUUUGUCACUAACUGCAUCGCAUCCUACAACCCUGGUCGACACAUCACUAUUGGUGAACAGCUUUUUCCAUCAAAGACUCGCUGCUGUUUCUUGCAAUACAUUGCAACAAAACCGGACAAGUUUGGCAUCAAAUUUUGGGUGGCUUGCGACUUGAAAUCAAAGUACAUCUGUAAUGUCUUCCCAUAUCUUGGAAAGGACCCCAGUCGUCCCAGCGGGGAGAAACUGUCCGAGACUGUAGUGAUGAGGCUGAUGGAACCGUUCAUGGACAAGGGCAGAACUGUAACCACGGACAAUUUCUUUACAUCACUGUCACUUGCACAACGACUGCUUAGCCGGAAAACCACUAUCCUCGGCACAGUCAACAAGAGACACCGGGAAAUUCCUCAAUCCGCUAGACAGAUGGAUCGCACUGAAUUCACCACUCAGGUGUUUUCAACCACUGGUGCCACGCUGACCGUGUAUGCGCCCAAACGGAAGAACGCCGUUUAUGUUCUCAGCAGCAUGCACAGCGUGGUUGAGACUGAGGAUACCACCAAAAGGAAGCCAAACACGGUCACACAAUACAACAAAACAAAGUGCGGUGUGGAGGUGAUGGACCAAAUGGUGCGGGAGUACAGCGUGCGUGCAGGAACACGGAGAUGGCCAGUUGCCGUGUUCUACAACAUGAUCGACAUGGCAGCACUGAAUGCACAUGUGCUUUAUCAGGCAUGCAUUGGGGUGCAGGAGAGACGGGUGGACUUUCUGGUUGAGCUUGCAAAAGAGUUGGGUAACUCUCAUGUGAGUGGGAAGAAGGCACACAAGGAGAAACUGCUUCGGCAACAACCUUCCACACCCAGCUCAGGCAAAAGAGCGAAGUGUCAGGUCAACCAUCGAUGCAGGAACAAUUGUGCAACUGUGAGAUGCGUUGACUGCUACAAAUACACAUGUGGCAAAUGCACCAGGGUCAUACCCUGGCAGUGCCAGGUAUGUUCCGACAGUGCAGACAGACUGCUGAGUGAGUCCUGAAAUGCCAGUCACACAAGGACAUGCCACUCACACACACAC